GCCCGGCGGUGGGAUGUGGAGAGGUUGUACCUGACGGUGGGUUGAAGUGUGUGUGCUCUGUGUAAGGGUUGCAGACACAGUGACCGAUUGAAUAAGCUUUUAACAGAAGAAAAUGCAAAUAGCUACAAAAACAGAAGACGGGAUCAGUUUGCAAAAGCCUUGGGUGUUUCAAAACAACAAAACAGUACUGAAGAAAUAGUGUUAACACUGGAACAUUACUGUUGUUUACAUUUAUGUUUUCUUUAUAUUGUUGAACAGUAAUUUCCUUGUUCUGCUAUGAAUGAAAAUACAGAGUUGGCUCUUGACCCCAAUAAAGAUGACCUUCCUCUCAUGGCAAAUGUUGGCUCCAUGUUAGUCAGGCACUAUGUGCUGGAUCUUACAGUGAACUUUGACAGAAAAGUCAUCAGUGGUACCAUUGUUCUUUAUCUAGAAACCAACAAAACAUACAAAAAAAAAUCUGAUUCUGUGGGAACAAGUUGUUGUCCUUACUCUCAGACAUUAUUUGAAACUGAGCAACCCGGAUCUUCGUGCAAUUCCACUGCAAGUGUUGCUGCUUCUGCAUCUGUGGAUAAGACGUACAACCUAUCUAAGCAUCGUGGUGGCGGAGUUACUAAUGUUAACACUUGUAACCAUAGCAACGCAAAGUGGACUGGUGUGAUUUCUGGUACAAGGGAACAGUGCAGUAAUGGGGAAGAUUUUGUCUUGGUGCUGGAUUGUUGUGAUCUUGUGGUGAAUAAGGUAGAAGAAGUGAAUGUCAUUGCUACACCAGGUAUUGAGAAACUGAUCAGAAUGGACAUGCCCACGUCAGAAAAUAAUAUUUAUUCUCAGCGACUGCAGAGUAGCAUUGUGGAUGCUAUUCUUGGUUUAGGAGCAGAAUGCUGGCAGGAGCAACAUUGUUACUAUCUCGAGUGCAGUAAAGCGCCUGGAUGUGGAGAACUGCAGUUCCAGACUGACAGAUGGAGCUUGCAAAUAAAGAAACUAGGGAUACAAACGCCUAAAGACUUCCCACGUGUAUUGCGAAUCUACUAUGAAACAAAGCCGGAGGGUGGUUCAGUGAAGUGGACUAAGGACCAAAGUGGCAGGCCAUGUGUGUAUACAUCAGGAUCUCCAAUCAACAACAGAGCAUUAUUUCCUUGUCAAGAGCCCCCAGAAGCAAUGGCAAAGUGGCAAGCCUCAGUUUGGGCCCCAAAAGGGUCUUUGGUUCUAAUGAGUGGUGAAAAUUGUGCUGAACCCAAAUGUAAUGGAGCACUCUCAAAUUGGUUUUAUUAUGUGACCAUGCAUAUGCCAGCAUCUACUUUUACCAUUGCAGUUGGAUACUGGGUUGAAGUUAUAGCUGAAUGCAGCUUUAGAUCCCAGAUACUUAAUUCAUCAUCUUCAACCUCAGACUAUACAAAUAAAAGCAGUGUUUCCCUGCCAUUCUGUGGUCAUCCAGCUUAUCCUUGCCGUUUUCAAAAUCAUAUUGCUCAAGCCCAGAACUGUAUUCCUUACCGUGUCUUUGCGCCUGAAUACCUGAAAGUAAGGAGCCAAGAAGUUCUACUCCCACUCAUGGCACAGUGCCUUUCAGCAGCUCAUUGUGUCCUGGGCACUCACCCUUUCUCCAGGGUUGAUGUGUUGAUAGUCCCUGCUAGCUUUUCUAGUCUGGGAAUGGCUAGUCCACACAUCAUCUACCUAUCACAGUCUGUAUUGUCUGGAAAAAAUAAUCUCUGUGGAAUACGACUGUGCCAUGAAAUAGCUCAUGCCUGGUUUGGAUUGGCCAUUGGUGCUCGUGAUUGGACUGAAGAGUGGAUAAGUGAAGGUUUUGCCACUUAUUUAGAGGAUGUGUUUUGGGCGAAGGCACAAAAGCUCUCAGAGGAAGCAGCAAAAGAUCAGCAUCAACUGAAGUCCCUGCUGCGAUGGCGAAGGCUCCGAGAUGAGAUUCAGAACUCUGAAGAAGAGUUGCAAGUGCUGAGACCUAACAAACAGAAUACUCGUGCAGUGAGUGACUCUGGGUCAACAAUUGUCAAACAUGGUCUAAAUGCAGGAAAAUUUUUUAUGCAAGUCCAUUAUCUAAAGGGUUAUUUUGUCCUUCAUUAUCUUGAGAACAGAGUUGGACAAAAAGAAUUUCUGAAGUUUUUCAGGUUAUUUGUGGAGAGAUUUCAUGGACAACUGAUACUUUCUCAGGAUUUCCUGUACAUGUUUAUGGAGAACUUUUCAGAACUUAGAAGUCAGGGAUUGUCCAUGGAAGUUAUUUUUCAAAACUGGCUGGACGUGGCUGGAAUACCAAAGAGCUUGCUACGGAGUUUGACUGGUGUUGAUCAAGAAAUCAGAAGUCUUAUUCAGAAUUUACAUUACCCAGAGGAGGAAUACCAUUCUAAAUUGUUGAAAAAUAUGGUCUCCACUUUAGUUAAGGAACUUCAAGGCAAUCAGUGUGACAGAGCUUCCUUGUUUAUAAGACUACCACCAGACCGACUGAGGAGUUUUUCUGUUCUUUGCUCACCGAUUGUCACUUUAAUUGAGGUUUUACCAUUGGUGGAAGCUCUUCUGACUUGUCGUGAAGAUGAUUUGGAUGAAGCUCUUUGCACAGAAUUUCUAGAGUCUGUCAGUACUGGCAUUUUGCAGUAA